AUGCAGCUGGGCUGGAUCUGGCUCCUCCUUCUCCGCGCGACCCGCGGCGAGGGAGAAGGAGCAUGCCAGUGCGGAGAAAGCUGGGAGCAGAUUCGGCGGGAGAUGUGGGAGAUGUUCCGGCCAGAUCUGGAUCUCGCAGGACUUACGGACUGCUUGAUGAACAACGAGUGCAGCGAUGCAGACCUUGCUGCAGCGGCGAUGCUGCAGGGCACUGCAAUGUCUUGCUCCGAAGAGGAGCUUCCCAAAGUCUCUUCGCUGGUUCCGUGCGCUGCAGGCUUCACGCACUACAUGAUCGCCUGCGGGCUGCAGAUGUGGCUCAAAGGUUAUAGCCGUCAAUCUGCAUUGUAUUGGGAGCAAGGUCUCGGCUACCUUUCACUGUGUUUGAGUUGCUUGGAUGGUUCCGAGUGGCCGCUGUGGUCGGGUCAGAUCCUUGAGAACUGGCAGAACUUUCUACGCACUGCUUUUCCGCCCGCUGCCGUUGUGGCGGAGGAAAGGCAGAGCGGCGACGGUAAGUUCCUUUCCGUUGGUCCACCAGCACAUGCAAAGUCCUUGAGCUGGUGGCGGACGCUGCCGCGACGGGGCCGGUACUGCCCACCACAAGUCCGCGAAGGAGACCAUCUGGAGGGGCUCCUAGAGAGUGAUGGGGUGAAGGAGCCUACGGUGCUUUGUGCCGUUCCUCUGGUCUGGCCUGGCGAGGAGUUGGCGGCUGCAGCCAUCGUGGAGACUUAUGGUCCCCGGUGUGACAGGCUGGUCUUCUUUGUGGCAUCGCCGAACGAGGCAACAGCUGCCGAAGCACGCCGACAGAUAGCGAAGCUCUUUGAAGGUGCUUCUGUGGUGAAUCUUGCGGCUCGAUGGCCUGCAAUGCUCCGAGACCGGAAAGAAGCAUUGGCUUCAGAGGGCCGAAGGGAGACGUCUGGCGCAAACCAGAAAGACCUGCUGCUGUUCGAGCACCUGGCUGCAAGUCAGGAGCCUCUGCAGGACUGGGUGUGCCGUGUCGAAACGGAUAGCUACUUUGCCGCGGCCAACUUCCGCAGGUUCGUUGUUGGUCGGAAUUUGACUGCAGAGGAGCCGUUGUACCUUGGGAGCUUGGCAUACUGGCAAGUACACUUCGAGCCGCGCAUCCUUUACAAUGAGCAGGUCCAAUGUCUCAGCCGAGCUGCAGUGCUGCGAAUGGGUGCUGUAGUCAAGGCGGCGCCAAAGGCUGCAGCUGCGACCUAUGCGCGAUGCGAGGUGGCUCCUGGACAUCGUGGGGACAUCAUGAAGCGGGCAUCGGACCGCAUCCGGAUGUAA